AAAAAAAACUUUAUAGAGGACUUGUCUGCUAAAACCUAAAGCCAAGUGAUGUAAUGUCGUUUGGUAGAUGGACUGACGUCCCCAGAAAUCCUGGUAAACCCUAACGCACAAUUACAGAACCAGCAGACCCAAAAAUGAUAUCUGCAAAAGAAUUGCUAAUUCCUUAAACUCACAUCCCCAAUACUUUCUCCAAUCUAAAAGUUUCGAUUCCCGUUUUCCAUUUAAAAACCAAAAAAAGGAAAAUGCACUGCCUUCAACGGUUAGCAUGUACCACCAUUAAAAGAUCAACACCAAUCUAUCAAUUCACCAAAACCUAUUUAAAUUCAAAAACUCUUUCCAAAUCAUUAUCUGCUAAAGCCACAAAAAACGGCGACGAUGGAUGGAAUGAUGCCUGGGAGACGGCAUGGCUACCAGAAGAUCUCACAGCAAAAAACCGAGCUCCAUGGGAAACGGACGUUAAUUUCCCAACGGCUGGUCUGUCACCGGAGGCAGAUACUGAGACAAAGGCCUUUGUGGAGGAAAUGAAUGAGAAUUGGAAUGAGAGAAGGAAAAUGACUAAAAACCAUCAUCAACGAGAAGAAGAUAAAGAUAAAGAUAAAGAAGAGAAAAAGAAGGGCGGUGAAAACGGGACUGAGCUUUAUAGUUUGGAGAAUUUGAAGAAAGAUUAUAGAUUAAAGAAGCAGAGAAUUCAUGCUGGAUUAUGGACUAAAGAGAUUGAGAAGCAGCAAGAAGCUAAAUUGGGGGAUUCUGCUGAUGAUAUUGAUAGAUUGCUUGAUAGCUGCUCUGAGAUUUUUGAUACUCCUAACAAUGACUUGGAGAACUCAAGAGUGCCAAGCUCUUCUGAGUUUAAAAACAAGCCUGAUGGUUGGGAAACAACUUCCAAGGCCCAAGAUGGCAAUAUAUGGGAGAUGUCACAAAGGGAAGAAGACAUUCUCCUCCAGGAAUUUGAUCGUAGAAUAGCAUACAGCAAAUUCCAGAUAGCUAGUUUUAUCAAGACUCACAUAUUUAGCCGGAGGAGACCUAUUGAUGGGUGGAAAUACAUGAUAGAGGAGCUGGGACCUAAUGCCAGGAAAGGAAAGGGUAGUGUUUCAAGGAUACCAAGCCUCUCAGACCCAGCAACUCAACCGUUCAAGGAGGAGAGGGCACCAGCUGCCAGCAAUUUCAUGCCCUUGAAGAGGAAAUAAAAUAGUUCAGUUCCUGGCCAGACUGAACUUCAUUACUUUGUACUUAGCAAUGAUCACAUAUAAAAAUUGAUGGCUCCUUGUUCUGGAAUUCACGGCUUUAGGUUCUCAAUGCCUGUUGUAGCACCUGAUGUAGAAACAAACAUUUGCCAACUCAUCAACCAUACUGGUUAAUCCCUCUUAUAAUACUGAAAAUUGUUCAUUUCAAA